AGGUAAUUCCAACGAUAAGGAAGUAAAUUCUUGUGUAAAGUGAUAAAAACUUGUGUGAUAUCGAAUAUAAACAAAGCAGGUUUUUGCAGUAGGUGGAAACAAAACAAUAUUGUGAAUGGUGUAUUUCUACAGGAAAAUAAAGCAUAUUAAUAAACAGAAUCAGCUUUUUAGAUCCACAGGCUGAGCCUAACAACAGUGGAGGGUCUGAGGAAGAAUAUACUUUUUAUACUCCGUCUAAAUUUGAACCAGAUCCACGCGGUCUUGGAAAUUAUUUGUUUAACAGAAUGAAAAAACAUAAACAUUGCAUAGCACAAUAUAUUGCUGAUACCGACGAAGAAGACACGUAUGGUGAACUUUUACUACGAUGUAUACGCACAGCGUGCCAUCUCUCCACCAGAAACUUAACUAAAGACGAUGUUGUUGUGCUUUGUUCUUACAACCAAAAAGAAAGUUCAGUGCCAUUCAUUUCUAGUAUAUUCUUAAAUGUUCCGGUAGCACCUAUGGAUCCCAGAUUAUCCCUUAUGGAAUCAGUGUAUUUAUUGAAAGAGGUAAAACCCAAAAUCAUUUUUGUAGACCAUGAAGGAUUGAAACUUAUGGAAACCUCGGUUAAACAAGCAGAACUGGACACGGAAAUAAUUGUCUAUGGUUCAUCUGACACUCACACGGAAUUCUCAAGCUUUUUAGAACCUCAUGAAAAUGAAGAGAAAUUUGCUCCAACGGAAGUAGAUAAUUUGAAGGAUACUGCAGUUAUCAUGUUUACCAGUGGCACCACUGCACUUCCUAAAGGAGUUAUUCUUAAUCACAUGGGACUUAUGGGACAGGCAUCAGUUCUAACAGAAUAUACCGAAACUGGAUUUAUUUACUUAUCUUGCGCAACUCUAUACUGGAUAUCGGCCGUAAUAUACCAAUUGGUAGCUAUCAUUAUAGGGGGAGCAAGAGUUACAGUGCAAAAGUUUGAUCCACGCGAGACGUUGUACCUUAUUGACAAAUAUAGAGUAACUAGUCUAUUUGUACCUCCAAUAAUGGCAACAGCUGUAUUAAAAGUUGGUCGCCCCGAAGGUUUAGAUACCAGCAGUUUUAUUAAUUUUAUCAUUGCUGGUGGAUAUUUUCCAAAGUCACUACUUCUGAAGCUUCGCGAUCUGCUUCCAGGAACUUUUGUGUCUAGUUCAUACGGACUGACAGAAGUGAGUGGAGCAUUGACGGUUUUCAAAAUUUCAAGUUGUGAAGACGUUAAAGAGAGGUUGUAUUUGCAAUCGAAGCCAACAUCUGUUGGAUUGGUUAUAGCAGGAAUAAAAGCAAAGGUUGUUAAUCUCGAUACAGGAAAAACUUGCGGACCGAAUGAAGGAGGCGAGCUCAGAAUUAAAUCAGAGUUUCUUAUGAAUGGCUAUCACAAUCAAGAUACCUCAGAUUCUUUCGAUAGUAAGGGGUGGCUGAAAACAGGUGAUAUCGUUACCUAUGACGAGGAUGGUUGUUUUUAUGUCAAAAACAGAAUAAAAGAAAUGAUAAGGUACAAAGGCUGGCAAAUUGCACCUGCUAUGCUAGAACAACUUAUUAUGACCCAUCCGUCAGUUGAUCAAGUCGUAAUAAUAGGGAUACCUCAUGGUGUAGAUGGCGACCAUCCUAUGGCUGUAAUUGUCCCAAAAAAAUCUUCAACGGCACCUAUAAGCGAAGAAGAUAUCAUCAAAUUCGUAGAGGAAAGAGUAGAGGAAAAAGUGUCAGAUACAAUGAGGCUUACAGCAGGUGUUAAGUUUGUUAGUUCUAUUCCUAUGACUCCUUCGGGAAAAAUAAGAAGAAGGGAGGUGAAGAAAAUGGUUUUAGACGGGGAUCUUUAACAAUAUUUUAAUUUUUUGUAGUUUUGUGUUAUUUAAUAUUAUUACUAAUAUUAAUUACCUAAAUUAAGGAACCAAAAU